UCUAGAAACUGUAAUAACUGGAAACGAUCAUCAAAAUGCCUACUGAAUUCAUUAGUUUGACAUUUCCGAAUGCCUCUACGGAGCUCAACCCGAUCCCGAACCCGGGGAUUGACCCGGACUAUCUUGCUCGGUAUGCCCGGAACCUAGAUGAUUAUGAAUUCAAUUAUACCCUUGUGCCGUACGAUUCAUCGUACUUUGACCCCUUUACCGUUGGAGCUACUAUCGCUGCAGCUACCAAGAAAUUGAAGAUUAUCAUUGCGCUUCGUCCGAACACAUUAUAUCCCACAGUAGCAGCCAAGGCGCUCGCUACCUUAGACCAGCUCAGUCGGGGUCGCGCUGUAGUGCACUUCAUCGCUGGUGGUAAUGACGUCGAGCAAGCAAGGGAGGGCGAUUUCCUAAACAAGGAAGAACGCUACGCCCGCCUCGAAGAAUACAUCAAAAUUCUAAAGCGAGCCUGGCAAUCCGCAGACCCCUUUGAUUGGGACGGUAAAUACUACCAAUUCAAGCAAUUCAGCAAUCGCGUGCGACCGGUCAAUGGAACCAGCAUUCCAGUUUCAGUCGGUGGAUCAUCCGACGAUGCAUACAGGGUUGGCGGCAGUCUAGCCGAUAUUUUCGGCUUGUGGGGCGAGCCGCUCAAGGAGACCAAGGAGCAGAUCAGCCGGAUCUACGCCGAGGCCGAGAAGGCGGGACGAGCCCCCGGAGACCGUCCGCGUAUUUGGGUUACGUUCCGACCGAUUGUGGCCGAGACGGAAGAGUUGGCGUGGGCGAAGGCGCAUCAUAUUCUCGAUGUGCUAAAGGAUAAGAAAACUGAUAGCAGGGGCAGGUAUCGGACUGAUACCACCACGCCUCAGAAUGUGGGGUCUCAGAGAUUGCUUGAGAUUGCGAAGAAGGGUGAGGUUCAGGAUCGCGCGCUGUGGUAUCCUACUGUGACGGCGACGAAUGCGAGGGGCGCUUCGACUGCGUUGGUGGGAUCCAUUCAGACGAUUGUUGAUUCCCUGCUUGAUUACGUUGAUAUUGGUGCUGAGUUGAUCUCUAUCCGUGGAUACGAUAACUUGAAUGAUGCGAUUGAUUAUGGGCGAUGGAUCCUACCAAGGGUGCGCGAAGCGCUUAAGGAGAGGGAGGGCCAAACUAAUGGUUCCAACUAAGCAAAUCUGACGGGCGGCUUAUUACCUACCUGGGUAGUUAGUAUAGAGUGAUUCUUAUUUGGAUUGGCGAUUUUGUGUCGGCUUCGGCGGGUGGGG